UCACUAUCAGUAUCUUGUUGCGGUUGGUGAUUUAUUGUUUUGUGUAUUUUUCAGUGGUUUAAUUGGUUUGCUUUACUAAUUUUGGUUGAGUUGAGCAUUUGUUCCUCCGUCGAAUCCAUUUAUUACUACACAGUGUUGUGUGUGCUUGAGACAGAGACUCCAUUAAUUACCGAUGUACUUUUGUUUUUGUUAAUAUUCUUUUGUUAAGUACUUUUAUUUUAUAGUGGUGUUCUAUAUUUAUGAGCGUGUGAUCUCGUCAAUAGGGUUGGAUCUUAUAUUCAAUACCUUGAAUUUGAUUAUACCGAGUAUGUAGGAGUCUCGGGGGACCUUGAUUCGAAAACCUCUGUGAGAUUUGGAGUAAUUUAUGCUGCUUGAGUUGUAAUUUAAGCUAAUUAAUUUUUUUUUCGAUGUUUUGUGCAAUAUUAGAAAUUUGUAAACAAUCCGCCAGAACAGUGUGUUAGUGUUACAGUGCAGAUUAUUCGUUAAAAAGCCGUUACUUUUUACAUUUCUGUUGUGUUCUCGUCAAUGUGCGUGCUUUUAUUUGUUAUUUUUUAAACUUGGUGAAUUUUGCUUGGUAAACGACCGGCUGUGGUAUGUGGAUGACUUUGAGGACGAUGGGCCCAGUUAAUGUUAGAUGCAGGGAAUGGGUACGAGUAACAGGCAAUGAGGAUCUUGUUUAUUUGCCAAUAGAAAAGUUGAACAGAACUAAAUAUGUGUGUGAACGCCAUUUUAGAAAAAAGGAUUUUACUAAAACUGGAAACCGACUUAAGAGAUAUGCUGUAUCCAGUUUAAACUUAACAGCAUCCCCUUUAAGCAGUAGCCAAAUGACUGAUUUCCCACUUCAUGUGUUUCAACCUACUGAAACCACUAGCAGAAGUGCUACAGCUACGGCUACUUCUGUCCCUGGCGCAGUUAAGGAUAGAAUAGAUUCACAUACUGAACCCAUACCUUCCACCAGCUCAAAAGACCAUUGUGACACAAGUACCUUGGUUGCUGCUAAACCUGUCACUUCUGCAUUGUUACUGCAGCCCAUUUUGUUGCAGCAUUAAAGACGGCGGUUGUGACAGGCUUAACUGUACCACAUAGCCAAGGGGCCAACUGUGAAGCAGAUGAUAAAAAGCUGUUGACAGACUUUCACAAUUUCGUAUUUGAAAAUGAAGAUGAAGAUACACUAGAUAUUGAAGAAGUUGCUUGCAUUGAAGAUGAAGAAGAAGAAAUUUUUUUAGGGCCAAUUAACAUAGAUGAAGAAAAUGAAAUCAUAUUUAGUUUACCUGACAAUGAAAUGGCAGAGACCGAUUUCUCAUUAAUUUGUGAACAACCUGUUGUUUAUGUAGCUGGUUACAUGGCUAAACAAAUAAUAAAAAAAAUUGAUUGUGAAGAGUGCAAAAAAUAUUUAAUUGUAAACAACCCAGAAGACAACCCAAUGUAUAUAGUUACAUUAUGUUAAGAGAAUGGUGGCAAAAUAAGAUGUCAUUAACCUACCCAUUGUAUAAUUUAUUUGAAACUGUAAAAGUUUUAGUGGAAAAAACAGAAAGUGAAUUGGUUAAUAAUAUGCAUGAAAGUAAUAUAAGUCUCCUGGGUUGUACUUUGUAUGAUGUGCACAGUCCAAAUUUAAUUUUAAGUUGUAAUGUUCAUGCACAAAGUGUAAGAAAUUUAUUAUUUGAAAAAACCAGCAAAUUACUUAUAAGAAGGCAAUGUCAGCAAAUUGAUCAAGGAUUAGCUUCAAAAGAAGAAGACUUGGCAAAUUUAAAUAAAAGAGCUGAACAACAGGGAAAAGCGAAAUAAUUUAUUUUUAUAGUUUAUUAUUUUGCUUUUUCCUAUUUUUAAUAGACUUCAAAAAAAGGAGGUUGUCAGUGUGACUGUCAUAUUAUAAUAUAAAGGACUAGUACUUUAGCCAUUCCUUAAAUGAAAUGGGAACUCUGUUUUCUCAAACAUUCAUCUUUUAGUACAUUUGUAUCUAACAUCACAAUAUAGGAUGUAUGUUCUAUCCAUAUGUAUGUAUCCACAUCCACUAAUUAGUGAAUCACAAAUACAGUUAAUAUUUUGCAGAUGUACAACUUUUUUAGUUAGUUAAUUAUAUUGAAAUUGUACUUUAGUAUACAAAUAUUUUGCAGCAGCUUUUCUUCAAUUAUGUUUAUUGAAAUAGAACAUCAUCAUCAUCAUCAUCACCAGCACCAGCCUGUAGUUGUUCACUGUUGAUGAAAGUUUGAGUUAAGAGCUGUUACAGUUUCCUGAUAAAUGUGAAUGUCGCGCGCACGAAUUUGCAGGCGAACAUCUUAGUUUAUUCAUAUACUAGCUUUCCGCCAGCGGCUUCGCCCGCGUAGAGAUUAACGUACCGCGACAUGACUGAAUUACACGUGGGCGAAACUGCUGGCCUAGCCUGUGUUACCCAGAAAAAUGCAAGAAUUUUUCAGAUAGAUCCAGUACUUUCAGUGCCCAUCCAAUUCAAACAAGCAACCAAAUCUUUCUUCUUUGUAAAAUUUAUUUAUUUAUUUAAAUUAAUGCACAAAGUCCGCCCUCGUACCAUACGAGGGCGGACUUAAUGCCAGAGGCAUUAUCUAGCAGUCUACCUUUAGGCUUUAUAUUAGUGUAGAAUACAAUGUUUUUGAAAUUGUCUUGUAAUUUUUAAUAUAAACGUUCAACUAGUCUUGUGAAUAUAAAGAUUUAUUAAUAUU